ACAAGAAUUUCUCAUCGCCAUAGACACAUUGUUUCAUUGAGCACAAAUGUGGAGUUCCGGAAUCACAGUGAUUGCCGGGUCGCGAUAGUGAUCGGAACCGAGGCUGUACGUGGAGGCUAAUACAUCAAGGAUUUAAAUUCCCAAAUUAGAUCCUCUCAUUCGUCUUCUCAGUUUCUUGUUCUAUAUAAACACAACCUGCCAGCUCCCAACUUCACUCAUACAAUCAACAAAUACCAAAGUCGAAACCUUUCGCCGAGAACACGAAGAUCUCGGAGAUGUCAAUGAAUCCUAAGGCAGCAGAUGAGCUCGAAUCGAAGAGCAGCGCGGCUUCAGAACCCGAAAUACAGACAACGGGAGAGGUUAAGAGUGUGAAAGUUGAAGAGAAGGAAACGGUUGCUGAUAAAGAUGAGGAGCAGGUUGGUAUGGAGAUAGACCCUAAUACCGGAACCUCUUUCCCGGUUAAGUUGGAGGACGGGAAGCAGCUGAACUGCGUCGGGUUGAGGAAGAAGUCCAUGCUUGGAUUUGACAUCAAGAUAUAUAGCUUCGGGAUGUACGCGGAUAAUGAGAAGCUGAGAGAUCUGCUGAAGUCCUCUUUCAGCGAUUCCCCAGAGAAACCGACGAAGGAAAUGUAUCAGAAGGUGAUUGACAGCGAUGUGGGGAUCACAGUGAGGUUAGUGAUCAUGUUACCGAGCAUCCCGGCGGCUAUGAUGAGAAGCCCAGACAUGGAACUCGGAGCAGCCAUCAAGAAGUUAGGCGGCGGCAAGGAGGAGAAAAAGCUCACAAAGAGGAGCAUGGGAGAAGCAACGGACAAUAUGAAGCUUACUCAUGGCUCAGUGAUCGAGACUUCCCGGCUUCCGGGAUAUACCCUCCAAACGAAAGUGAAGGGCGAGGUGGUGAGUAUGAUCAAGAGCGAGCUUCUGUGCAGGGCUUACAUAUACAUGUACCUCGGAGACGAAGUGCUCGACAAGGAUGCUAAAGACAAGUUCGGAACUUCCAUGCUUAAACUUCUCUAAGUGGACCGAAUCGGAGAGACUUUAGUUCCAGACUCGUGCUGGGAGGAAAUAAGGCAUUGUCCAUAGUAAUCGAGCAAUCUCGAUAUGACAAGAACGAUAAGUACGAAGAAAGAUCCUGUUUAGUAGAGUAGAAUGAAUCCCGAAUAUAAUGUAAUUCCGUAGAAUCGUAUCUUGUAUGGUAUUGCAGUCCAUUCCCUCGUGAUCCCAUCAAAAUAAAGGUAAACUAUAGCAAUUAUCCCUUCCA